AUGGAUUUUGACUCAAGUGACGCUAUUGCCGUCGUUGGGAUCGCCUGCAGAUUUCCCGGCGCUAAUGAUUUAGAUGAAUAUUGGCGAGUGUUAUCUAAUGGGGAAAACCACCUGAGAGAGAUACCAAAGGAAAGAUGGAACAAUGACGCCUUCUACAGCAAUGAUAAAAAAGAAAUGGGGAAAAACUAUGUGAGACAUGCAGCAUUUAUAGACAGGUAUGAUGAAUGGGACAAUCGUUUCUUUCAAAUCAAUGACGACGAAGCCAUGAGAAUGGACCCACAGCAGAACAUCCUGUUGGAAUGUGUCUAUAAAGCGUUGGAAAAUGGCGGAUUUCCAGUGAAUGAGCUUGCAGGAUCCAAUGUUGGUACUUAUAUUGGUGACUGUGCCAUGGCUGUUUGUGGAGGAAUUAAUUUAAUAUUAUCACCAACGCUUUUCAUCAGUUUGAGUCGUGCAAGAAUGGCAUCCGCAACUGGGAAAUGUCAACCAUUCUCUGCCGAUGCUGAUGGAUAUGCUCGUGGCGAAGGCUGUGGUGUUGUUGUACUCAAGCCUCUUCAAAAGGCCAUUAAAGAUGGUGAUAUAAUAUGGGGUGUAAUUGGAACUGGUUGCAAUCAGGAUGGACAUUUUGCCACCCCCAUUACUGCACCCUCCGGAAAACAACAGGAAGAGUUGCUGAACUUGGUUUAUGCAAAGUACAAAGUUGACCCCUCCAUGGUGACAUACAUAGAAGCACAUGGUACUGGUACUCCAGUGGGUGAUCCUAUAGAAGCUAACUCUCUAGGACACUUUAUAGGACAAGCACGCAGUCAAGGCAAACCACCAUGCUAUGUUGGGUCAGUUAAAAGUAACAUUGGUCAUCUGGAAGCAGGUGCCGGUGUUGCAGGAUUGAUUAAAGUUCUCUUAAUGAUGAAAUAUAGAAAGAUUCCAGCAACACUUCAUUUCAGUAAAGCAAACAAGAAAAUAAAUUUUGCAGAGUUAUGCUUGAAAGUGCCAACAGAAUUUGUGGAUUGGAAAGUGAAUGAAGGUGACAGUCUGACUGCUUGUGUUAAUUCAUUUGGAUUUGGUGGUACAAAUGCUCAUGCUAUUGUAACCUCCUACAGCAAGCUGGAUUUUCCAAGAUGUUCACAGGAGAAGUCGCAUAUUAUAGCACUUUCUGCAAAGACAAGGGAGUCGCUCAUUCUCAUGAUAAAGCAUCUAAAACGAAGUAUACAACAAGAUCAACCACCAACACUAUCAGCACUAGCAUACACAUCAACGGUUCGAAGAACGCACUAUCGCUAUCGAUUUGCAGUUGCCUCUUCAAAUAUUGGUGAUGUAUCCAUCAAAUUAGAGAAGGCAACAGAUUCUAUCCUUACAAAGAAGUUUGAAACAAAGCAGGAAAUGAAAACCGUGUUUGUCUUCUGUGGCAUGGGAACAGACUGGGAUGGCAUGGGAUUGGACCUGUUGGAAAGUGAGCCUAUCUUCAGAAGUACUAUGCUGGAUAUUGAUAAUAUUCUAAAAAUCUACACGAAAUGGUCUUUGAUUGAAAAGCUGAAAGAUGGAAACAAUACCUCUACCUUAGUAUCUCAACUCUCAGUAUUUGCAAUUCAAGUUGCUAUAGCACAGUUGUGGAUAACCUGGGGUAUAAAUCCAGAUGCAAUAGUUGGCCAUUCAAUGGGAGAAGUUGCUGCAGGCUAUAUAUCAGGUAGAUUCCCACUCUUGACAGCAGUAAAGAUAAUCUACAACAGAGCACAUCUCUUAGAGAAAGUGUCUGGUGGGAAAAUGCUUGUACUCGGCGAGUUGUCUCUAAAAGAGGUUGAAGAUUAUUGUCAAAUGGUAGAUGGUAAGGUGGAAAUAGCAGCCAUUAACAGCAGUACUUCAUAUACCAUAUCUGGAGACAGUGAAGCUAUCAUGAAGAUUGAUGAACUAAUACAGAAGAAUAACACAAACAAAACCAAUACUGUUUUUCACCAAACUUUGAAUGUCAAUACAGCGUUUCACUCUCAUCACACCCAGACAAUAUGCAAGGAAUUCAGCGAGCAACUAAAUGGUAUGGAGGUAAAUACAAGUGAAAAUUCUAUUCAACUUUACUCAACAGUUACAGGUCAAAAGGCUGUGAAAGAUGAUUUCACUACUGGUCAGUAUUGGCAGAGAAAUGUCAGAAGUAAAGUGAUGUUUAAAGAUGCAAUGUUCGAAGCUAUGCAAUGUAAAGGUCACGCAGUUGUAGUGGAGAUUGGUCCAAUUCCUGCGUUACAAAGAUAUAUAAAAGAAGCUGCUAGGAACAUAAGUCAUACUGUGCUGCCUUCUAUGAUGAGAGGAAAGGGGAAAAUCACUAUGCAGAACAGCCUAUGUCAACUAUAUGAACUGGGAAUGAAGAUUAACUGGAAAGCUGUGUAUUCAGAUCACCCAGAAAUGCCCAUUAGUGUACCACAGUAUCAAUUCCAAAGAAUGAGCCAUUGGUAUGAACCUGAAAAAUCAUAUCAACGUCGAAAUGAUUUAGAAGAGCCGGGAAGGAUGUCAUAUGCAUUUGUUAAAAGAAUACCAAACCAGAAUAUGACAUUCAAGUGUGCAGUAACAGAAGCAAAUCUUGCAUUUGUUUAUGACCAUAAAGUUGGAGGUACUAUCAUUGUUCCUGGUGUAACAUAUGCUGAAUUGGCUUUGGAGUCUUGUUUCCUUUCCAUUGAAAAUUCACAUUCAAAGUAUGGUGAAGUUAGUGUUGAAUUCCUGACUCCUCUUGUUGUGACGAAAGAAGCAAAGGAAAUAAUGUUAACACUUCAAAGUACUUCUGAAGAAUCAUUUACAUUUGAGGCAACCUGUGGAAAUGACUUACAUGCAAAAGGCCAGGUCUCGGUCAAUGACAAAAAGAAACCUAUGUGUGCAUUGAACAUAGAAGAAAUACAAGCUCGUUGCUCUGAAGAAAUAAACAUUAAAAAAGUCUAUAAGUACCUACGAAAACAAGGAUUUGAAUAUGGACCAAUGAUACAUGUCAUGAAACAAGGAUGGAGAAAUAACACAGAAGCCUUUGCAAUUAUUGAAGUGGCUGAAGAAAUAAUAAUGCAACUCUCAUCUACAGUGCUACAUCCAGUUAUUAUAGAUGGAAUGUUGCAGGUUGUUGGGAUUGUCUUGGCCACUGACAGCGCUGCAUCUAAAGCUGCUUUCCCAGUGUCAGUUGGUAAGCUGAUCAUUCGAGAUAGACCUACUGGCAAACAUUAUAUUUAUACUCGGCUCAUAAAUAACUCAGAUUUUCUUGCCAUCUGCAGUACUGUUCUGCUGAAUGAAAGUGGAGAAAUAAUAGCAGAGGCCCAUGAAAUCGUAUUACAAUUUCUUGAUCAGGACAAUGGUAGAAUUGUUAGUCAACUUGCCUAUGAAAUGAAAUGGUGUAGUAUCAACAGAGAUAUAGAUUCAAAGAUUGGAUAUGGUAGCGAUCCAGGAAAGCCAAUGUGUGUUGUCUUUGCUGAUACGCUAUGUCUUGCAGACAAACUGAAGUCUUGUAUUCACAAUGAAUCAGUUUUCCUGUAUGACACAACAGACAAUCUAACUGGACUGAAUGGUGCAAUUAAGAUGUUUGAAGAUUUCACUUCAUCGGAAAUGUCGUUUGAUCAUAUCUUCUAUUUCUGGGGCAUUUUAGACAACAAAGAUAUUUACAACAUGUAUACUUCUAUUCUGUCAGUAUGCAUUUCACUAAGAAAUGUUAUCAAUAUUCUCAUCUCUAAAGGAUUGAACAUCCCGCUGACUGUUGUAACCUAUGGCACUCAAAUCAGUUCCAAAAGUGUGAUAAAUACGACUAAAUACAAUGGUUUGAUUGGAGCUCCACUCUGGGGUAUGGUACGAUGUUUACUCCGUGAAUCUACUUACAAUACAGUGAAAUUGGUUGAUCUAAAUGAUGGAACUGAAAAUGAAGUGUAUACAUUGGCCAACGUGUUAUUUACUGGUGUUGCCAAUGAAUAUCCAGAAAUGUCCAUUUGUGGUCCUGAUGUAUGCGUGAAUAAGUUUCACCAUAUCAAAGCUGACAAAGAAUACUUCAAGAAAAGGUUCAACAGAGCAGUGAAUGAAAUGGCAAUAAAAGUAGUCUCCAGAAAUUCGCACAUCUUAAGAUCUGUAUACUGUGUAAAGAUUCCUAGACACAAGAAGCUAACUAAUACAACUGCACAUGUACAGAUAAGCGCUGUUUGUCUACAUAAUCCUAAUUUGUUUCCAAUAACUACUUUAGGAUUGACUUCAAGUGAUUUCCCACUAUGGUCAGAAAGUAGCUUAUCUGGAUUUGAUAUGAUGGGUUUGGAUUUUAUUGGUAAACUUACCAGUGAUUUGUCUAGCUGUACCAAUGUGCAUGUAUGCUGCCCUGCUGUUGUAGAAUCAUUCAUUCAAGUGCCACCAGCAUUGGUUGUUAAGUCAUCUGAUCUACCUGCCUGGAUGAAAAAUGUGCCAUGCUUGUCAUUAAUGGUACUUGUUUGGAAAAUACUUACAUCCCAAACAGGUCAAUCUAUCCUGAAUGUAUUUGGCAAGAAAGAAUAUCCAUUGUUGUUCAAGCUGCUUUUGAUGUAUGCAAAAGUCUGUGAUGUCCGUGUAGACGAUUCCAAUAAUCUCUCUAAUGAUGAAAAUAAAGUGAUGUCAAAGCCAAUGACUAUUGUAUACUUGGGCCAGAUGAGAGAUGGAUUUGUCACAUCAUUAGUGAACAACUUACCACAUAGUUCUGUAGUAGUGAAUGUCUACAACCCUGCAAAACCAUCUUUUAAAGACAUAGCAAGCAACAAUAUUAGAAUCAUUCGUCCAGAUUUAAAGUUGCUUAAUAUCAAAACAACUGAUGUAUUCCAGCAAACAAAUCUGACAACAUUAAUGCCUAAAUUAGUGACGUGGUUGAAGAAAUAUUCACUGAAGGACCAACUGUCUACAGUUAAUGUUCAAGAUGUUACUUUUCAUCAACUGAAGGAAUAUACAGAGAUUCCUCUGACAAAUAAGAACAAUUUAAUGGUUCUUUCAAUGGACUCCCCUGGAUUAGUUCAAGUCAAUGUCGAAGAUAUGUUUUUAACUGAUGCUUGCUAUGUACUUGUUGGAGGAUCAAGCGGUCUUGGCCUUGAAUUGGCGAAAUAUCUGUCCAAGAAUGGAGCGGGUUACUUAGCAUUAUUGUCUAGGCAUCCAAAACCUAUUUCACAGUCUCCAUCAUUACAAGAACUUGAGUCAAAUGGAACCAAAGUAAUGAUUGUUCAAGCUGAUAUCACUGAUAAGGCUGGUCUAGAACGAAGUCUAAUAUGUUUACGCCAGAAGCUUAAGACAGUUCCCAUCAAAGGAGUGUUUCAUGGAGCUGUUGUAUUAGCUGAUCGGCUAUUGGUUAAUAUGUCUGAUGAUGAGUUCCAGACUGCUGUAAAACCCAAGAUUCUUGGUGCAUGGAACUUGCAUGUUCUAACUAAAGAUGAUCCUUUAGACUACUUUGUACUCCACUCUUCAAUGGCAUCUGUGUUUGGUAAUGCUGGGCAAAGUAACUAUGGUGCUGGAAACUUUUUCCUUGACACCUUAGCCCAUUACAGAAGAAGAUUAAAUUUACCGGCCCAAUCCAUCAAUUGGAGUGUUUUGGAUCUUGGAGUGAUUGAAGCAUCCCAGAAAGUUAAGCAAAAUCUAACAUCACAUGGGUACUUGCCUCUUAAGAUCGAUGACAUUUUGCGGUGUUUUAAAUAUGCAAUGGUUCACAAUCAAAUUCAAAUUACAUUUGGGAACUUCCAGUGGUCUAAAAUAUCUCAGGAUUUCCAUCAAAAAGAAUAUGCCCAUAUCAGAGCCCGAUUUGAGCAAGUUAUUGAAAGAAGGAAUCCAUCUGGUAGCCAAAACAGUGUACGUCAGAUGAAGAAAAUUGGUGAUGAAGAUAAAGAAAGUGGAGAUGCUUUCCGGAAAUAUGCACGUGAACUUGUUGGAUCCAUACUUGCACUAGAGGAAGAUGAAAUUCAAGAUGAUCUACCAUUGCUGAGUAUUGGAAUUGAUUCUAUGUCUGCAAUGACUCUUCAAUCACAUAUCCGAAAUGACACAGGUGUUGAUAUCCCAUUGGUAUUAUUGUUUGAAAGUCAGACUACAGUAUUAUCAAUUUCCAAUAGUAUUGCUGAAAAAGUUGAAACAUCAGUUUCUAACCAAGAUGUAGAACAUCUAACUGGUAAUUCUAAGUGGUUUGGAGAAGUUAUGGAAGACCAGGCAAACAGAUUUAAACGUUCCAGGAACCAUUUAUCUGAUUGUACAUCUAACAUUUAUGUUAUUUUCGACCAAACAAGAAUGGUUAUCACUGGUGAUGAGUGGCAUUCAAUUCUACGUCUUUUGAUGCAGCAACAUGCACAGCUAAGAACUAAAUAUUAUGAAGAUUCUAACUUCAUAUUUGGUGUAAGGUCGGAAGUUGAUGAAGAUUUCCAUGUUGACAUCCGAGAGCUUGAAGACGUAGAUUGCAGUGAAACAGCUAUCAAUUGUCUCAAACAAGCAAGCAAAAUUGCAUUUGAUCUUUGCAAUGAAUACCCAUUUCGAACUUUCCUUAUUAGAUCUGGGGACCAAAUUUCACAUGUUUGCAUUGUUAUUCACCACAUUGCUUGCGACCUUUUGUCAUUAGCCAAACUUAUGACUAGCCUAAAAAAUGUCGCUACUGAUGUGAUAAAUGGACAGAUUCCACCUGUCGUUGAAACACGCAGAGAAUUUCAGGAUUAUAUUGAUUAUUUCCAUCAAUCACUUCAGUCUAAAGAGGAUACAUUAUGUGAGUUUUGGGAAAAGCUGUUUGCUGCACCUAUAGAAAUGGGUGAUCAUGACUUCCCACUUUUCAUAGAAGAGCCAACAAACUUUGAAGAAGAGAAGCUGUCUUGGAAAAUAACAACAUCAGAAUCAAAGGCAAUAUCCAGAUUUAGUGAACAGGCAGGUGUUACAGUUUUCCAGCUGCUUUCGUCACUUUAUAUGAUACUUCUGCACAAGUACUCUGGCAGUCCAGAUGUUGUUGUUUCAUGUCAAGUUAACAGCCGCAUUCACACACCCCAGUUUGCAGAUGUUAUAGGAGAUUAUGUGACUAUUGUCCCAAUAAGACAGUCAUUCAAAGAUAAGAAGACAACUCUGAGACAAUGUGUAUCAAGUACUGGUGAUGUUAUCAAUGGAUGUCUAGUGAACAGUAUAUAUCCUUUUCAAUCUAUGAAAAAGAUGAUUAAGUGUAAUGGCAAAGCAGAGUCGCUUCUUGGACAUGAAGUAAACUGGCAUGAACGCACAGCAUUUUCGGAUGUAAAUUCUGAUACUCUGAUACGAAUUCAAGAAGGAGUUUGUGGUACUAACAAUGUGACACGUUUGUGGAUAGUGAGAGAUCUAACUUCCAAUACAUUUGCAGUUGACUUUGUAUACAACUCGUCAUGCAUGUCACCUGCAGUUGCUGGAUUGUUUUUUGAAGACUAUAAACAAUUGUUGUUUACUUCAAUAUCUCAUUCAGAUAUGAAGAUAUCCGAAAUGACACUACAGGGACUUCAAGAGACAGGACGUAUGCAAAAGUCACUGAAGAUUGCAAAUAAAGAAUACAGUACAGAUUGUGAUGGCGAACUUGCGAACAAUACAGUAAUAACAAUUGAAAAUGGCAAAUACACUGCAAUGUCUACAAAAUUGGCUGAAACAAUGUACAAACAAAUGAAUAAUACAACAAAAGACCAUGGACUUUCAGAGUGCCUGAGCAUGUUGUUCACAUCUACUGCCAAAAAGAAUCCAGAAAAAGUCUGCAUUAUCAAUGGUGGGACGAAAAUAACAUUCAAUGAAUUAGAGUCACAUUCAAACUCAAUUUCUGCAAUGUUACAGAAGCAUUUAUCCACAAGCCACACUGACAAGACUGCCGUAUUCGUCGAACUCGAUGAUCCUGUCAAGUAUAUUGCAUGUGUUUUGGGGAUUUGGAAACAAGGAUGCUCAUUUUAUACAGGUGACUUGGAUUCAGUAACUGAUGUUGAUGGUGAUAUACAAGCUAUAAUAACAACCCGUGACAGAACUAGUAUCCAUAGACGUGGAAUCCCUGUACUAUUUAUUGAAGAUGGCACUAAUAUGUCAUUAAGUAAGAGAACAAGUACUGAAGAUAAUAUAAGGAUGAUUUCUCCUGCAGCUUUGGUGGAUGUUCGUAACAUUGACGGAAAAGGAAAAAGAUGCAAUGUCUACCAUUCAGCCUUUGUAAAUAGAAUUUCAUGGAUGUGGAACGAGUUCACCUUUCAACAAAAUGAAUCAAUUUUUCUACAUUUUGAAACCAACAACCUUGAGUGCUGGGUAAUUCUUAUGGCAGCCAUUAUCAAGACCACACCAGUGAUUUUAUACAGAUCUAUGAUGAGUAAUUCCAACAGUACUUCAUAUGCUGUUCAGCUAGCCAGUGUACACAAUGUGACUCGUAUAGCAUGCAUUCACGAUAAUGAAGUAGAGACUCUCAUAGAAUACCUUGAAAGAAACUCAAAACGUAAAGAAACGCUACAGCAACAAAUUAAAUACAUUCACUGCACUUCAGAUUGUACUACGAUGAGUACAUUGAGGUUUCUCGCCCUAUCCUUGCCUACAGCUCGCAUAAUUAGGACAUUUGCAGUUCCACCACUCAUUGGAAUUGCUCUGUAUGGACAAAUACAAUGUCAAGAUGCCAGCAUUGAAAGUUAUCUUGGUACCCCUAUCACUAAUGCAGUGGCAUUCAUAUUGACCAAACACAAACAGCUAGUUUCUCCAGGUGAACGUGGUAUUCUGUUUUUGGGAAGUAAUUGUGAAUAUGAUAUACCAAGCUCAAGAAGAGAAAAGUAUGGUGAAUAUUAUGUGAUCAAUAGUGGAGUGCAUGCUACAUUGGGAUUGGAUGGCAGUAUCUACGAGAGUCCAGAAGCGAAUAAUGGAUGUCUGACAGGUCAGCGGAAUGCAGAUCUCAUCACAGAUGUGCUCAGACAAGGUAUAUAUCUCGCCGUAACAUCAACGUCGGGUUUGUGUAAAAGAACACUAUUGAAUGUACAAGAUUCUGGCAAAGAUGAUGGAAUUUGCUUAACUUGGUGCAAGUCCAAUAAAAAAGAAAGACGGCUUCCGGUUCAUAAGAUUAAUGCUAUAAAGUUGUAUGAAGUAAAUAGAAAGGACGUCGUUGGCAUUGAGACAGCUGAAAGGACCUAUGCAUUUGAGAGUUUUAAUUCUUCUGAUAACAUGCAUUCAUGGAUGACAGAGCUUGGAAAGCAGCUGAAAAGAUUAAGAAGUGCAAAACUUUAA